UACUAUGUCAACCCCUCUCCUGCCGAAGGUGUCCGAUGGGUCACGGUCGAGAUUCAACUAUGGGUCGGCAGAGUUUUCACAUCAUCGGGAGAACAACUCAGUUCCCGAACACUCCGAAGAUAGGCCGCAGAACAGUCCGGAAGAGGCGGAAAAGUCUCCCAAGCGAUCGUCUGUCUGCGAGAAGCUAAGGGGCUCAGUCUGGGGCCUGCCUUACGUCUAUCAGACAUUUUGGGUCGCAGCGAUCACCUCUCUACUUGCCCCUUUUUUUCCAGCUCUCGCGGCCUUAAGAGGAAACAACACUUGGUUGUUCGGUACCACGUUGUCGGUAUUCAAUGCCUUGAUGCUGCCAGGGAGCUUUCUGGCCGAAAUUCUGGUAACCAAAAAAUCACUCAAGUUUGCCUAUAUGAUAGCAGUAACAGGUCUUACAAUCUACGCUCUUCUUUGUGGGGCUAUGUAUUGGAUCGACGAAGAGAAUAGUUUUGUAGGAGUCGCCAUCUUCAACGCAGCCUUUGGCGGAACAGCCAUGGCAAUCUUCCUUGUCUCAAUCAUCACUGUCUUUACCUCAGACAGCAACGGAGGACUCUGGAUGGGCAUAAAAGAGAAUGUCUCGGGUAUUGGAGGUCUGCUUGGCCAAGUCGGCGGGGGAUUCUUUAUUGAUCACUGGAAAUACCCAACGCCGUUCUUCGCGUUCGCCAUUGCUCUUGUAUUAGUCAUUCCAUUCAUCACAGUGCCUCACCCAGAAUCAUUGGAAAAAAGGGAGGAGUCCCGAGGCAGAGUUGACGAAAUUAAGGAAGAGUUCAAUCAAGGAGACAUCGGGUCAAACGACACGCAUUCCCAUCUUCACCUGAGUCAGCCUAAAAAUUGUUACAAAUUGCUCUUGGACCCCAUGUUCCUCGUGAACAUCGGACAUAUUCUAAUGUCCUCGUGUGUCACCGCCUACAAUGACACCACCCUGCAGCCUUACCUUGUUCAAUUCAACUUAUCCAAUACCGAAGUUGGUGCCGUGUUUACUGUCAAGUCCUGUGGACUGUCAUUUGGGCCACUCAUUGCCGGAAUGCUCACAGUUUAUAAGAUGGAAAAGAUUUAUAUUUUGUUUGGCAAUGGGCUAAUUGUCAUAGCUUUACUUAUUGUAGGUCCUGCUCCAUUUCUGCCAUUCCAACCAAACCUCACCCUCAUCUACAUUGGUCAGCUGCUGAUAGGGUUUGGGUGUUCUGCUCUGAACGUCUGCUCUAUUACACAUGCGCUUAGAUAUGUCAAGGACGAGGCUGGGUACCCAAAUGAUCUGAAAACGACCAGCUUCAUCUCUAGUUCUGCUUGCCGGUGUAUGCUUCUUGGCGGUAUGCUUAUGCCUCCCAUUGCUGCCUAUAUUGUCACGGCCUGCGGGUACAGAAAAGGGUCCAUGUUCAUGCUGGGUACACUGUCAUUGUUUACGUUAAUUACUGUGGGCUCCUGGCUCACCGCUGCACUUUGUGCGUCAAACGCAAGAUUCGAGCGAGACUCCGAGCGUCAAGCACUGUGGCGAGGCAGUUCGGAGAAUGCCGGCGGUCCGCAAAAUCCUCAGUUACCUACCACACUCUCGCGGACCGAUUCAAGCGUCAAUCACGCUCCAGCAUAAUUUAUUGAUUUUACAUGCACAUGAAAGCUUUUGUAUCGGCAUACGAAUAAUUAUGGCGAGUCACUGGCAGUCUAAGAAACGCCGGGCGUAUCUUAUUAUAUUCAUGCAUCUUGGUGCGUUGACUGAGGAGUUUUAAAUGGAUGUUCGCGACUCGCCACGUUCCGCAUUUCUUCAGUUGUCAGUGAGUCGAAUUAUUCCAAAUAUGGACAAAUAGAACACUAUAAAAAAGGUGUUUCUGUGAAUUAGAGACAAAUUCUCAAUGCGGAGGACAAAUCGUCUGCUUAUGGCGCAGGAUUUCCGGUGACGUCAGAAAGGCGCCGAGCUCUGAUUGGCUUUGAUUGAAACGUUAGUGGGCAUCUAGGUUCAGGCCUCUAGCACCUCUGUGCUCGAUGCCUUAAGAACUACGCAUUAUUUUUUUUAAUUAGCCAAUGGGAGCUCGCCGUUUUGACAUCAUCGCAACCCCUGUGCGAGAAGCAGACGAACUUUCGCUCUGCAUAUCGUCUUUAACUCGCGUAUCGUGCUACAAGCAAACCCCAUUUUUUAUCCAUAGAAUGACCUUAAAAUAAUCUACGGAAAUGAAGACAAAAGCACGGCACUCUGGUGGAAUUCAUGUUUGAAGUUGCGUGGACUAGUUAUUUUCUGUCCUUUUUGGUUUUAAUAAAGUGACUGAAAGAUUUUAUUAAA